UAUGCAAACUUGCUUACAGCUCUUUGUCUUCUUUUCUACAACCGUCUCUCUUAUUGAUCCAUGAUUGUAAUUCGAACCUGUGAAUAUCUUUCCAAAUUCACCGAACUACUGAAGUUGACUGGAAGAACAACUGUUGUGUUUUUUUGUUUUUUUUUAGAAAAGAAACAGCUUCACAAGUUUGCUGUCUCCUGCUCUAUUUCCACUGGUUGAAGCUGUCGCAGCUGACUGGAUUUAAAGAUCGUAGAUAAGACCCAGAAAGGCUGGUAAUCGACUCCCGGGGUGAAAAGAGAUUGCUUAUAAGAUCGUCGAGGGGAGAGGAAACAGAGAGGAUACAGUCGUGAAAACCACAAAAGACGUCUUAAAGUGACUGAAGAGGUGACGACGCGUUGAACAAAAUGGGGAAAAGUCACAGCAAACGUCUGACUUCUGGCAACCUGGAUUUCGACAAGUCCAAUCUGGAGGGAUGUGCAAAAAUCAUGUGCAAAAAACACGGCAGUGACACCUGUAAACAGCUGCCUUUGUGGGUGGAGAAAUGUGGAUUUCCUGUCAAUGGUAGUUUUAGUGUACGUAAAAUACAGAACCUAGAAGAGAAUUUGGAAAUAUAUGAUGGCGUAAUAAUGUAUGGCGUACAUAAAGUAGACUGGAAAGCUUUUGGGAUGUGGAAAAGUGAGACAGAGACGAGACAGAGACGGCAAGAGAAGGGGCACAAGAGGAAGGCUGUGGAAACUAAUAACGGUCCCAGCCAGAGGUGCUCACAACCACAGAAAGAACCGAAUCUCCUCCCAGCCCCAGGCGCUCAUCAGAGGGGUCAGAACCAACAACCUGUUGGCCCAAACCAGGAGGUCCAAGGACAGUUGGACGCAGCAAAAAACACCACGCCGGGCCCGGAGUCUGCCCUGACCCCAAAUCGGCAGAGUGUCCUGGAAUCCACACAAAGCAUGGUGGAAACCCGAGCUGAGUCUGCCAUAACAAGGUCACAGACACCCUCCGCCAUUGUAGUGUUCGUGGAGUCUAAGCCAAGAGAGACCGAAGCUGAGGUGACAGCCUGGUCACCAGAAGAUUUGCGCUCAUUUGCCAAAGAACUGCCCGACAUAGAGAUAAAAGGAGGGGCUGGGUUUGUUGAAGUGCUGUCCCAGAUGGUGCAUGUAUAUGAACUGAGAUUGAGAGAAAUAAGAAUUCUCAUACUCCACAUCAUUAAACUGAAAUGGAGCAAAGUACAAGGAGACUGGCCCGAGACAGACUUGCCAUAUGACUGGACCACAGGCACCAGAUAUCGUAGACACGUGGAGAGACUCUGCGCGAGGAUUAAAACAACUUUCCCUGCCACCGCGAGAUUGCAUGUGAUACAACGCUGCAAACAACAGCCUGGUGAAAUGGUGGCAGACUAUCUGUUCAGGUUAACGAAAGUCUUCGACGAAAACGUCGACAUGAUGCCACCAGCUGACCCAAAACCUGAAUCGGUAUACGAACACCUGCUAAAGCACUAUUACCUGAAAGGCAUGGAUGAGCAAAUCAGCAGCUGGGUACGCGAAAAUUGCAUAGGCUUUUACUCGCAAAGUCUGUCAGUCAUCCAAGCUCACGCCGUCCACGCUGAACAAAAGCUGAUAAUGUCAGAGAAAGAGAAAGAGCAAGCAAGAGCCCUACUGGAGGAAAGGCUCAUGAAGGCACAGAUCCGAGCUCUGCAGAGAGCAAACAGAGGGAGAGGCAGAGGAUCACGCAACGCAGUGGCCUGGAACGACGGAUGCUGGAAUUGUGGAGAUCGUGACCACUGGGCAAGAGACUGUUACAGACAAAGGAAGACGAGGGGAACCGCUGGGCCUUCACUCUAUUUGACUUACAUUGAGGAUGAGGCUUGAUGGGAGACAGAGGUGGAGGAGAAUCCAGAGUCUGGUGAAUGCGUCCGUAACACCACACGCAGUCACACACACACAUACUAGUGCUGGAGUAAAGUAAAAGUCAAGUAAAAGUACUAAUAGCACACAUAAAAAAAAAUGAACGUUAAAGUUAAAGUGCACUGGAAAUCUUACUUCAGUAAAAGUAUGGAAGUAUAAUCAGGAAAAUGUACUUAAAAGUAUUAAAAUUAAAAGUAUAAUGUAGAAAAUAGAAUAACAAAUAAAAUAGAAUAAUUAAAAGAAAUUUAAGCAAAUCACAGUAGUGAAACUGGAACCAUGAAACAAUCAGGAUAUUCACAGAUUAAUCAUAUGUCAAUCCAUUAAUUGUUUUAAUAUACUGUUGGGUAGUUUUCAUCAUUAGUUUUCCGUUUAUAUAUAUCAGGGGUUUUC